GACUUCUGUUCCAUCCGCGUCCUCGAGGUCGCUCGCCAGCACCACCACCACCACCACCGCUGCUGCUGCUGCUGCUGCUGCUGCAUUAUGGCCCACAGCACGAGCUACGCAAGCACCCGGGAUCUCCUCGGCGCUGUGGCUGCUGACCUGGAUACCCCACCCGUCCACAUCGCCGACUUCUCGCCAAAGUCCAACCCGGUCCUCGUCCGCUACUCGCUGUCGCAUGCCUAUUCGACCCCGACUCCCGCCCAGCCAUGGGGCGCCCCGCAUUCGAGCAUCGAAAAGCUGAACAGAGACCUUCGCUCCACGUGGGCGGCGGCCAUCGCCAAAGCCGAAUCGCCCGAUAUGGUCCGCGAACCCUCGCUCGGCUCCGGCUCCCUGGACGAUAUCGCCGCUCCCGCCCGAGGCGCAAAGUUCAUUGUCAUGAUCCGCUGGAUCGAGGCACUGCUGCCCAUAAUGGACCCAGCUCAGAUCAUCGAGGACUGGUGGGCCUCGGUCCUGAAACCCAUACUGCUCGAAAGCCGCUGGAUCCAAGCCCUCAAUGCCGCCAGCGACCUCACUGUCGGCCUCCUCACGGGCUGUCCGUGGGGCUCGGUCGACAACCCUGCUGCCGGUUCGUCCCCUGCGCACGCAGCCGUUGCCGCCUUCCGCGCAACCGUCCUGACGGCGUACAUGGCCGAGGUCGCCAAGGUCGUCGAAAGCGAUCCGCAGCCUCUGUCGGACGAAUCGAUGGCCACAGCCCGGCCCACUCUGGUCUCGCUCAGCACCUACUGGGAGACAGCCACCUCGCCGCUCGAGAUGGCGCUGAUCCGAUUUGGCCAGGCCAAAUCCAAGAUUGUAUUCGAGCUCCUCGACGGACUCCUGGGGGCCAAGAACACCCGCAUCCAUGCGCUCAUUCUCCUGGGCAAGCUGAUCAAGACUCCGGAUGUGCCGAGAUAUACCGUGCGCGAUACCAAUCUUUCCGAGAGUCUCUUGGAGAGCAUGAUGAAUGACACACAUCCCGUCAUCCUCGCAUCGUCUACCAACCACCUCGCUUCGCUGCUGCCGUAUAUUUUCACCAAAUACUCGAAUAUAGAGGGCGUGAAGCGUCUGGUGCGCGCCCUCAUCCGGGUGGUCAAGUGGGAAUUCCUGUGGAAUCGACAGCAGUACGCUCACGCCGGUGACCCAAGCGCAACCGACGACCAGGCCAGCGCCACCGACGAGAACAUCAUGCUCUUCAAGCACAUCUCGUUCGUGACCAUUCGUGCUGCCGUCGAACGCUACUUUACAAUGCUCUAUGGGCUGUUUCCCUGCAACAUGAUUCAUCUCCUGCGCGAGAUCAACAUUGGCGACCGCUUUGAAGACAACGAGAGUUGGGCCGUGGCAACAGAUGAAGACUACCUUUCACACGAGGAAGGAGCCAACAGACACAUAUCCACCAGUCUGCAGCAGGACAUUGAGGACGUUGACCUACUGCAUGAAGCUCGUCGGCGAUUCCUCAGCCUGUUCAGCAACCACCAAGCUCACCCCAACCUCCUGUUGCAUAAUUGCGAGACUGAACUCGUCUACAAUCUGGAAAACAAUGACAGCGAUCCCGACCGCAUUAUUGCUGAGUGCAUGGAGCUCUACAACAGCCCUGAGACCCGUGGUACGGGGCAGGCGCCUGCACCGCCUGCACCUCAGUCGACGGCGCCCGUCGUUUCUGAGGAUCAGAACACCGAGCGACAUGCCGGGCUCUCCAUCUGUACCGAUACCCGUGAUCCUGUGCUUGACUUGCCGCAGCCUCUCGACGUCGACACUCUGAGCCGCAGUCGCCUGGCUUGGGACUCGGGCCUGAAGAAUCCUGCAGAGGAUAUGCUUUGGCGCCGAGCUGACUUUGACAGCAUUGACUAUAUUAUGGAGUUGACCAAGGCACUCCGCCGACACCUCCUUGAGCUGAAGUCCCAGGCCCUUGUCUCUCCAACAAUGUCCUCGGCCACCUCGCCGGUACCGCGCAGCCUGCACAUGGACAUGAUCAAAUACCACUUUUACUUUCUGCUGAACCAGCUCAACGUGGAGAUUUUCAUGCGGCAGCAGUACAUGACCCACAUCCGGGCACUCAGACGCGAGCAGAUCGACCGCGAUCAGCAACAAUCCAUCACAUUGGCUAUGAAUGACAAACUCAGAAGCCAGAAUAAGGAAAUCAAUUCGCUGCGCGACUAUAUCGAGCAGCGUCGUGUGGAGCUGUCCAAAUUUACGAUCCGACAUCGCAGCUUUGAGGAGGAGCUGCAGAACCGAGUGGCAGCCUCCCGCGCGGUCUCCGAAGCGCUAGCAAAGGAAAACACAGAGCUCAAGAAAACCAUCAAGGACUUUGAAGUCAGCUGCCAAUUGCUAGAUGAAAGUGUGCGUGAGGGCACCUCCCGAAUCUCAACACUGGAAGUGGAGUUGGCCGCAGAGAGAGCAAAGACCGACAGACUCCAGGAGUACGAUGAAACGAUCAAGGAUCUUUGUGCGCGGUUCUCAGAGAGCGAGCGGGAAAUCGACCAGCUGCUGCAACACAAGGCCGAGUGUGAGAAGCUGCAGGGCCAAGUCCGGGCGCUGACCGUCCAGCUGGAAGACCUGGAGCGCGAGGCGACCGAGCUGCGCCAAGCUGCAAGUCGACAAGCCGAGGCUACAACGACCACAAUCACGCUGAUGGGCACCCUCGAGAAGGCCUGCGAGCGGUACCAGAAGUGGAUCGAUGAGGAGUCACGACGACGAGAGAUCAUUCAAAAGAUCGGCGAGGAGCGGAUUUCGGCCGUCGAAGAAAAGUACCAAACGGUGAUUGGUAUCAACCAGCUGCUCGAGGGCAAGGUGGUUGACCUGAUGCAGGACCUUGACGACCUGAAGAUUCGCACGCUGGCCGAUCUGGAGAGUGGGGCACCGGGCGAGAUUGCUGCUGCCGCAGACGGCGACGGCAGCGGCCCCAGUGCCGACCAUGAUGGCGCAGCUGCCGCAGACGGCCACAGUGAGAACUGCGUCGGGGAGAGCACUGGCGCCACGGCUGCUGCCUAACGAGGCUGUUGGCGCUGUCGAACAUCCAAUACACAACGAGCUCGGAUACCCCA